AUGAGCCAGACACUCAAAGCAGCUGUUCUGAUCGUCUCGACAACAGCAUCCAAGGACCCCACAACUGAUGCCGCUGGAGAUGCUCUGCGUUCAGUCUUUGAAAAAGAUGGAGCUGAUCGGUGGCAGGUCGUCGAGACCAAGAUUGUCCCAGACUCCGUGGCCCUGAUUCAAAGACAGCUCAUGUUGUGGGCCGACUCCGCGGAUCCGGUCAAUUUGAUUGUGACCACUGGCGGCACGGGAUUCGCAGUCUCGGACCAAACCCCAGAGGCUGUAUCUGCGCUUCUCCACAAACAAGCACCUGGUCUUGUCCAUGGCAUGCUUGCUGCUUCUCUGAGUGUCACACCUUUUGCCAUGAUGUCGAGACCUGUCGCUGGGGUCAGAAAUGGGUCUCUGCUCAUCACUCUCCCCGGGUCGCCAAAGGGUGCCAAGGAGAAUCUCCAAGCCGUCAUCAAACUGUUGCCUCACGCCUGUAUCCAGGCCGCCGGCGCGGACUCUCGGUCUAUUCAUUCUGGGGGCGUCGAGAAACUGGAGAAGGAUGCUGGAGUUGGCUCGGCUUCCGGCGACUCUCACUCGCACGGCCACAGUCACGGCCACAGCCAUGGCCAUGGCCAAGGGCACAGUCAUAGCCACGGACACGAUCAUGGACACGGUGCCCUCGUCAGGCACACUAGCCCCAGCGAUAACCCUUUGUCAAAUGAUCCCCUGCUCGGCCCGACCCGAAGGCACAGGGAGUCGCCUUAUGCUAUGCUGCCAGUCGAGGACGCGCUGGCGCUUAUCCAGGAGCACACUCCUGCUCCCGUUGUCAUCUCUUCAAAAGCCGACACAGCUCUAAUAGGAGCGGUCCUUGCAGAGGAUGUUAAAGCCACUGAGGAUGUCCCAGCAUUCCGUGCCAGCAUCGUUGACGGAUAUGCUGUCGUUGUCCCUCAGGAUGCUAAGGAACUUAAAGAAGGGCAGAUAGCCAGGAUCACAACGGGUGCCCCGCUACCGCCUGGCGCAACUUCUGUUAUUAUGGUUGAAGAUACUGUUCUGAAAUCCAAGACGGAAGAUGACAAGGAAGAGAAAGAAGUUGAAAUACUGGCAAAUGAUGUGAAAGCAGGCCAGAACGUGAGGGAAGUCGGCAGUGAUGUCAAAGAAGGCUCGGUUAUCCUUCAAAAAGGCGAGCAAGUGUCUGCUGUUGGCGGUGAAAUUGGCCUCAUGGCAGCCGUCGGUGUCUCCCAAGUGCAGGUAUAUCGGCGGCCUGUCGUUGGUGUCUUGUCAACUGGAGACGAAAUAAUCAACCAUGAUCGUCCUGGAGCGCUGCGCCUAGGAGAGGUGCGAGAUACGAACCGGCCUACACUUAUAUCAGCAGCCAGAGACUGGGGUUACGAAGUCAUCGAUCUAGGAAUCGCCAGCGACAAGCCUGGAACCUUGGAGGAGACGCUUCGGGAUGGAAUGCGACGGGCUGAUCUAAUCAUCACCACGGGUGGAGUGUCCAUGGGAGAGCUUGACCUCCUGAAGCCAACCAUCGAGAGGUCGCUGGGCGGAAUCAUCCACUUCGGUCGGGUGAACAUGAAACCAGGGAAACCAACGACACCAGCCCUGUGGUAUCACAAACCCAAUCCACUGGAUGUCGACGUGUUCGAGGAUCUCAAGAUGUGCCAUUUCAAUUACAAGAAAUUCGACUCCUGUGGGGACUAUGGCAUAGAGGUCCGUCAUGUCUGUGACGAAGCUAUCUGGCGAGCUGGUCUGCGAGGCGUACUGCAGAUCUGCGUGCCCAGGAUUCUCGAGAGGUCGCUCGAGUGGUCUGGACGAGAUGAUCACGAACCACCCAAGCCAGCCCUGUUCCUAGGCUAUGAUGGAUUUUGUGAGAUCUCUUUCGAUCCUGACGACCUCGCACCUUAUGUUUCCUUUGAUGGCGUCACUGCAAAGGUUCCUGAACUCUUGGGCCUCUCCGAUCAAUUUGACGCUGCGCAGAUGAGGCAAGGCCCAUGCAUGAUCUUCCACAAGAGCUUGGAGCAGGGUACUUGGUCACAACUUCGCAACGCCUUGCCAUUCACAUACCGAGGAGAAUUCCAGAGUGAUUACACGCUGGACUUUGAUGACACCAUGAAGAGGUUGAACCUCAAUGCAGGGAUUACAGAGUAUGACAGAGACCAGGUUGUCAAUGCCUUGCAACAUGGUCCUCACCCUCGUGUGGUUUACAAGCCCCGUGGCAUGCCUCUCGGCCAUUUCAGCAUGAGCAUUGUCAACAGUUGUCAACAGACAGUGUCCAAAAUUCAGGCUCAGAAGGCCACGGCUGUCAGGACGUCCCUCCAGCAAUACGUGGAGUAUUCUGAUGACUCCACCUUGACCACUCUUACAAAUACGCCAGUGUUGUCCGACGUGGAAAUACCUGCGCCGAAGACGCCAUCACAAGGCUCAGAGCUUUCAGAUUCCCUAAAAUAUGACGGAUCUACCUCGAAUCCUCGCAGAUCCAAGAAGCACCAAGUGUUGCAGACCACCAGGAUAAAAAACCAAGCGACAGCCCUCAAACUUGCUCUAUCGGCAGCUUCUCCGUCUCGGAGCACCAAGACACUUCCUGACCUGUCAACUAAGGCCAGCGCCUCGAUCAUCCAGAGACUGGCAACAGGAAGCUCGCCGUGUCAGAUGAAGCAGAAUGAGAUGGCAGUGGCGCCAUUUCAGGAAUGUUCUGUCCCGGAGGAAGAAGGAGACUCAAAGGUACCAGCUCAUGUAGCUGAAAACGAACAGCGAAGCAAGGCUGAGAGGCUGAAGAGACCAAGGCGCAUGGCCAUGGCGAUACCUGAACAAGGAUUCGAUGAGUUGCGUCUGAGGCCCUUGGCCCAGGGCUCUGAAAGCAGCAACACCAUGAAACCUGUUCUCAGAAAUCUUGAUCAGGGGCCCGAGUCUGAACCAAACUUCGAGCAACUGCAGCAUCUGAAGGACCCGACGCAGGAAUCUGGCAAUGGGACGCCAGCUCCGGUCCCGUAUUACAAAGCUGAACGCGUGUUCAAGUGGAAGACCUUGGAGAGGCCAGGAUACGAAAGGACACCCAAGGCCUCGCGUCCUGCUACUGGGAGUCAAGAGCGGAAAGCCCAGGGUCGACGACAAGACUGCCAACGACCGCCGGUGAUGGAUGCCCACCAGGCUCAGGCGACCAAGCAGUCUCCUACACCACAGCGUCCUAGCGCAGUUCAGGGGCAACCCGCCCAGCCUCAGGAGGCUGUGCUCAUCCCGGACGAUUCUGACGGGGAUGUGGAAAUGAAGGAGGUUGAGCAGAUCGAGGCGCCGAUGAAGGAAAUUCCGUGUGCGUGUUGCUUCGUCGCCACGCAAAUCUGA